AUUCGUUCUUUUUGUUAUCGGCACACUCUCAUAAAAGUGCAGAUCGCGAAAUAUGCACAAGUGCGAGUUGGUAAAAUCACUCUGUAAAGACGUAGAAGCUUGUUGCGCGAUCCACGUGUUUUUUGCGACUCCGUGCAAACUCUGAUACGCGCUGUGACCAAGAAUCAAAAGACAGUAACGAAAUUGGUAUUAUAAACAAUAUUUUUGGAGUACGCGUUUUUAAUUAACGACAUACCACGAAACAGAACGUAGAACAGAGCUGUCAGUCACGUGUAAUUUUUUCAAACUUGACUCGAAUUAAAGGAUUUCAAGAUGGGCGUGGAUAAACCUACGGAUUCACCUGUAGGAGGCGAGGAGCCUUCUAAGAAGGCUCUUAAAAAACAAAUGAAGGAAGCCGAGAAAGCGGCGAAAAAAGCUGAGCGAAAAGCACAAACUCAAGCGAAUCAAGAAGCGAUCCAGGAGGAGGACGUGUCGGUAGGAAACUAUGGAGAGACCGGUCUGAUACGGAGUAAAGAGAAACACGCGGAAAGAAAGUUUACUGAUAUCAAAAAUUUGAAGUCAGAUUUGGAGAACAAAACAGUAUGGUUGAGGGGAAGAUUACAUACUAGCCGUGCCAAAGGUAAACAAUGCUUUAUCGUUCUGAGACAACAAUCUUAUACGGUGCAAGGUUUAAUCGCCGUCAGUGAAAAAAUCAGUAAACAAAUGAUCAAAUUCGUGUCCAACAUCACCAAAGAGUCGAUCGUCGACGUGGAGGCGGUCGUGAAACGCGUCCCCUCGAAGAUCGAGUCGUGUACCCAGAAAGACGUGGAGAUACACAUCACGAAAGCUUUCGUCAUAAGUGCUGCGAAACCGCAAUUGCCCUUGCAAAUAGAGGAUGCUUCGAGACCUGCAGGAGAAGCCGACGAGAAUGCCCUAAAUAUAAAAGUGAAUCAAGACACCAGGUUGGACAACAGGGUGUUGGAUUUAAGGACGCCGGCCAAUCAAGCUAUAUUCAGAGUCGAAGCAGGAAUUUGCAAAUUGUUCAGAGACAUACUUACUGCUAAAGGUUUCGUCGAAAUUCAUACGCCAAAAAUUAUAUCCGCGGCGAGCGAAGGUGGAGCGAACGUAUUUACGGUGUCGUACUUUAAAGGAAACGCCUAUUUAGCGCAAUCCCCUCAAUUGUACAAACAAAUGGCGAUAGCGGCUGAUUUUGACAAAGUUUUUACCGUAGGAGCAGUUUUCAGAGCCGAAGAUUCAAACACCCACAGGCAUCUGACCGAGUUCGUUGGUCUGGAUCUGGAAAUGGCGUUCAAGUAUCAUUAUCACGAAGUGGUCGACACCAUCGGACAAAUGUUCACGGAGAUGUUUAGAGGUCUACGCGAUUAUUAUGCUGCCGAUGUCGAGGCUGUGCGCCAGCAGUACAACGUAGAGCCGUUCAAGUUUCUGGAUCCUCCUCUGAGAUUAGAAUUCAAAGAUGCGAUUGAAUUAUUGGCGGAAGCCGGUGUAAUUUUGGGCGAGGAAGACGAUUUGUCCACGCCGGAUGAAAAAUUGUUGGGCAAACUCGUUAAAGCAAAAUACGAUACAGACUUUUAUAUCUUGGACAAAUAUCCGCUGGCCGUGAGACCGUUCUAUACUAUGCCGGAUCCGAAUAAUCCUAAACUAUCAAACUCAUACGACAUGUUCAUGCGCGGCGAGGAGAUCAUUUCCGGCGCGCAACGUAUUCACGAUCCCGAGCUUCUGACGGAACGUGCGAAACAUCAUGGAAUCGACAUAGAGAAGAUAAGAUCAUACAUCGAUGCGUUUAAAUACGGAUGUCCUCCUCAUGCCGGUGGUGGGAUCGGGAUGGAACGCGUCGUCAUGCUUUAUCUCGGCUUAGACAAUAUUAGGAAAGUUUCCAUGUUUCCCCGUGAUCCUAAACGCCUUACACCGUAAAAUCUUUCGACAUCUGUGCGUGCAAUUCCACGUAUAUUAAAAUAAACUUAAUCGAAAGUUCUUACUAUAGUUGGAUUGUAUCAAAAAAAGGAACACAUAAUAAAGUUGGUUGAAUAUGUUUAUAA